GGGAUGCAUAUGAUAAACAUCAAGGCCUUCCCCCUCUGCUGGAGAGGAACCUGCCAUUCCCAUCAAGAAUCUCUUCAGUUUUUCAUUGGAGGACUCUUCAGCGUUUACUUUCAUUAGGCACCGCAUCUAGACCAGACUGCAUCUUCCUCACACCGACAUCAGACUUCCUACUCGAUGCGACGCCGCGAACCGAAAUAGAGUUCCCACUUCACCCAUCGAAGCAAACUCCCCAGUUCACUACCUCACCUGCUCCAGCUGCACCCGAGACGGAGUCCCUACUUCCUCUAUCAAAACCAGAUUCCCCAUUUGAUUUCAUAGAUUUGCAUUGCCAUGUAGACCGUCUCCUCCACAAAGCACAAAGGAUGGGUAACCUCACAGAUUUCCUACUUGACGAGGAGAUUAAUACAGUAAACUUCCGGGGUUGCAUUGCCAAUUUUUGCGAUGAAAAUACACUAGCAGAUGAAAAGCGUUGGGAAGAGUUGAUCAAUGAUAAAUUUGUGUUUCCUGCGGUCAGUCUCCACCCGCGACAUACUCACCACUUCACCCUUGAUACUAUCCGAGUGAUCCGGUAUUUGUUGGGUCACCCGAAAACAUGUGCCCUGGGAGAAGUUGGCCUUGAUUACUCUAGGGGGCAAGGGAAGUUUAAAGUUGUUCAAGAGUCUGUCCUCCAACGUCUUUUAGGGGUGGCUAUUGAGUUUCAAAAGCCAGUGGUUCUGCAUUGCCGAGACGUUGAUGAGGAAAGCAAAGAUGCCGAAGAUGAUUGUCUCCAAAUCGUCUCAGAAGUCCUCCCUCCCCAUUGGAAAAUCCACCCGCACUGUCACACCAAUAGCUGGAAGAGGGCCAGAAACUGGUGCAGACGUUUUCCGAACCUGUGCAUCGGACUCACUCCUAUCGUCCAGUGGGAUGCACCGGGGCCAAAGGAGGUGGCAAGGAGAAUUCCUCUAGGAUGCCUUCUUCUGGAAACAAAUGCCCCCUUCUUCAAGCCAAGGUGGUCCCCUCGCACUGUGGAGUUCAGCAACUCAACGGAUGCAAAACUAGUCGCCCACGAGAUCGCUCGCAUCAUCAGAAUACAGGUGGAAGAUGUCUUGAGGGAGUGUCUUCAGAACACUACACGGAUCUACGCUAUUAGCAUGUAG